AUGGCUCCGUGGCCUCCUGGGAACAGCUCUCUAGUCCCGUGGCCGGACGUCCCCACCCUAGCGCCCAAUACCGCCAACACCAGUGGCCUCCCAGGGGUGCCGUGGGCGGCGGCCCUGGCCGGGGCGCUGCUGGCGCUGGCGGUGCUGGCCACCGUGGGAGGCAACCUGCUGGUCAUCGUGGCCAUCACCCGGACGCCGAGGCUCCAGACCAUGACCAACGUGUUCGUGACUUCGCUGGCUGCAGCCGACCUGGUGAUGGGACUCCUGGUGGUGCCGCCGGCGGCCACGUUGGUGCUGACUGGCCACUGGCCGUUGGGUGCCACUGGCUGCGAGCUGUGGACCUCGGUGGACGUGCUGUGUGUGACCGCCAGCAUCGAAACCCUGUGCGCCCUGGCCGUGGACCGCUACCUGGCUGUGACCAACCCGCUGCGUUACGGCGCACUGGUCACCAAGCGCCGCGCCAGGGCAGCCGUGGUCCUGGUGUGGGUCGUGUCGGCCGCAGUGUCGUUUGCGCCCAUCAUGAGCCAGUGGUGGCGCGUAGGGGCCGACGCUGAGGCGCAGCGCUGCCACUCCAACCCGCGCUGCUGUGCCUUCGCCUCCAACAUGCCCUAUGUGCUGCUGUCCUCCUCCGUCUCCUUCUACCUUCCUCUUCUCGUGAUGCUCUUCGUCUAUGCGCGGGUUUUCGUGGUGGCUACGCGCCAGCUGCGCUUGCUGCGCUGGGAGCUCGGCCGCUUUCCGCCGGAGGAGUCCUCGCCCGCGCUGUCGCGCUCUCUGGCCCCGGCCCCGGCUGGGACAUGCGCUCCGCCUGAAGGAGUGCCCGCCUGCUGCCGGCGGCCCGCGCGCCUCCUGCCUCUCCGGGAACACCGGGCCCUGUGCACCUUGGGUCUCAUCAUGGGCACCUUCACUCUCUGCUGGUUGCCCUUCUUUCUGGCCAACGUGCUGCGCGCCCUCGGGGGCCCCUCUCUCGUCCCGGACCCGGCUUUCCUUGCCCUGAACUGGCUAGGUUAUGCCAAUUCUGCCUUCAACCCGCUCAUCUACUGCCGUAGCCCGGACUUUCGCAGCGCCUUCCGCCGUCUUCUGUGCCACUGCGGCGGUCGCCUGCCUCGGGAGCCCUGCGCCGCCGACCGCCCGGCCUCGUCCCCUCGGGCGCCCUUGAGGCCUGGACCAGCCCCGCGCAGCCCAGGCUUUGCCAGCGGCUCGACGGGGCUUCUUGGGGAGUUUCUGAGGCCUGAAGGACAAGAAGCAACACUCCGUUGA